UGUUGCCGGGCUUCGCCCAUCCGAGAGACCGCCGUCUCCGGUCUCCGCUCUGCGGGCUGGAGGGAGCUCGGAGCUGCGCGGUUCCCCGCCGGAGCAGACCAGGCCCCCACCCAGAAGGGGGCUUGUCCUUGGGGAAAUGGGGGAGCUGGGCGACGAGCAGCGGAAAGAUCGGGCCAAAAGUUUCCUGCUGCUGGACGAGAAUGAGGAGCUGCUGGUGGCGAACGAGGAGAGCUUCCUGGAGCGACUGGGGACCACGCCGGGCCAGACAGUGAAGGUCCUCUCCAUCUUCGGGAACACUGGUGACGGCAAGUCCCACACCCUGAACGCCGCCUUCUUCGGGGGGCAGCAGGUCUUCGGCACCUCGGAGAGCCAGAGCUCCUGCACGGUGGGGGUGUGGGCAGCCCUCAAGCCCUCGCCCUCCCUCCUCCUGCUCGACACCGAGGGCCUGCUGGGGGCCUCGGCUCAGCCCAUGCGGCAGAUGCGGCUGCUGUUGAAGGUGCUGGCCGUUUCCGACGUGGUCGUCUACCGCACCCGCGCCCAGCGCCUCUGCAACGACCUGUUCAGCUUCCUGGGAGACGCCUCGCGGGCCUUUCUCCGGCACUUUGCCGGCGAGCUCAGGGCAGUGUCUGUUCGCUGCGACCUGGAGAUGCCUCUGUCCAGCCUUGGCCCCGCAGUCAUCAUCUUCCAUGAGACUACCAACACUGAUCCACUGGGCAGCGAUUCCCAGGCCCCCGGAAGUGCUGAGCAGCUGCUCCAGAAGCGGUUCCACGAGCUGGGCCUGUCCACUGACGCCUUCAACUCCAUCGAGUACGUCGGCACGAGGACCGUGGGCCGGCCCACUGACUUUAGCGGCUUCCUGCGGGCGGUGCAGCGAUGCGUGGGCAACACCUCCACUCGCUCCCGGAGACCCCCAUCUGUGGUGUACUGCGCACUGAAGGCCCUGAGCGAGCGCUUCAACGGGGAGAUUAGCAACGAUCGACUCCCAACUCUCUCCUUCUUUCCCGAUGAAUAUUUCAGGUGUUCCACUACCUGCCUCAGCUGUGGGGCCCGGUGCGGGAGAAGCAUGAACCACCUAAAGGAUGGCAUAGCUCACACGGCCAGCGAGCGCUGUCGCUUCACACACCAGUACAACAACAAGGUGUUGAUCUGCAAGACCUGUUUCAAGCACGGCCUGGAGGUGACCGUCAGCCCCAAGACCUCUGCCUCCACAGACGGCCAGUGGCUCGGGCUGGCCAGCUAUGCCUGGUCAGGGUACGUGCUGGAAUGUCCAAACUGUGGGAUUAUCUAUCGCAGUCGGCAGUACUGGAUUGGGAACCAAGACCCGGAGGGCUCGGUGGUACGUGCUGAGCUGAGGCACGUGUGGCUGGGGUGUGAGUCGUGGCUGAGGGGGAGCAGUAAUGGAGCUCGGCGGGUGCUGGACAGCGUGUGCAAUGUGAUCCAAUCUGUUGGCGAAUACAGCAGUGGCCCCACGCGGGCGCUUACGGCCUGGCUGACUGACCACGUCGCCCCGGACUACUGGAUCCCAAAUUCCCAGAUCACAGAAUGCCACCAUUGUGGGAAGGCGUUCGGACCCGGGGAGCAGAAACAUCACUGCCGGGCAUGCGGGGAAGGCUGCUGCGACUCCUGCUCCAGCGAGAGCAUGCCCGUGCCGGAGCGCGGCUGGGGCACGGCUGCUGUCCGCGUCUGCGACAGCUGCUUCAGAGCCAGGGGUGAUGGCGCAGGGAAGGUGCCGCCCACGGCCGAUAGCGGAUUACUGGCACGCAGGAUCACGGAGAUGGCCCAGAGCACCCUGGAGGUGAUGUCUUCAGCCGUCAAUUAUCCCCUUGGGCUGGUUAAGGAUGUGGCCAGGCCGGAUUACUGGGUGCCCGACGACCAGCUCGCCGGGUGCCACCGCUGCGGGAAGGCCUUCACCGGCACCACCUCCCGUCACCACUGCCGGGCCUGCGGUCGAGGCUUCUGCGGCCCCUGCUCCCCCGGCCUGCGGACCGUCCCCUCCCGGGGCUGGGAUCAUCCUGUGCGGGUGUGCGUGGACUGCAGCCAGAAGAAAGGGGAUCUGUGAACCCGGGGUGGGGGUGUGUAGGAGUGGACGCGAGUGAACCUGUGACCCCUCCCACCUCGCAGGAUGAGACUCGGGAGCGAUCCCGGGGUCCCUGCAGGUGAUACUUUGCUACCCUGGCGUCUGAUUGUUGGGAAUACCCUGUGCUUCGCUCACUAGCGCAAUGCUGGAGGAACACAGUAGGUCAGGCAGCAUCCAUGGAGGGGAGUGAACAGUCGACGUUUCGGCCCAAGACCCUUCACAGGACUCGCUCGUUAAUCUGGAGCAUGAGCAGGCGCAUUCUUGUAUAAACAGGCGGAAAAGGAUUGGAGCCAGAGUCUGGAUUUUGGUCUGGCAUCUGGGCUGUGAGCAGGAUUCGGGCUCUGCACCAGGGACUUGGUCUGGAUUCCCAGAUUGGGAUGGUGAACAGGGAUCCAGAUUCCGCACCAGCGACUUGGUCUGGAUUCCCAGAUCGGGAUGGCGAACAGGGAUCCGGACUCCACACCAGCGACUUGGUCCAGAUCGUGAUCCCAAUCUGGAUUAUGAGGGGGAAUCUGGACUCUGAACCAGUUACUAGGCCCGUAGUCCCGGAUCUGGAUUAUAAACAGGAAUUUAGACCCUGCGCCAGCAAAUUGGUCCAGAUUGUGAUCUCGGAUCUGGAUGGUGGGCAGAGAUCUGGACUCUGAACUGGAUUGUGAGCCAGGGCAGUAUGCUUACAAGUUUCUGGUGGAUUUGACAAGCUGGAACCCUCUGGGUCUUUUUUCCCCACUCUCUUUAAACACUCUGGGUUCACUGAAAGAUGUAUUAUACUGCUAUCAUGUUUAUUGUGAAAUCAAAGUGUGUUGGUGUUUAUUAGAAAUAACAUUCAUAAAAAUCUGCCAGUCCUGCAGGUGCUGGA